UGGAGUGAAUGCAGGACGUGGGACUCUGAUGCUGAUGCUGGGGGACCCGCACAGUGAUGGAGCGGCGACGACGCUGAAAAGGAUGCACUAAACCCCCUUGUCAAUCAGCGAAGGGACUUUUCUCAAGAACACCAGACUCCCCUUGUUUCAUAACUUUGGGAGAUGUAUGGCAGCGCACGUGCCGUCGGCCACAUCGAGGGCAGUCCCGCUCGUUCCCCGCGGCUGCCCCGUUCUCCUCGAUUGGGCCACCGUCGAGCCAACAGCAGCAGUUCGGGUGGAAAAACCUUAUCCAUGGAAAACAUCCAGUCUCUCAAUGCUGCCUACGCCACAUCUGGCCCAAUGUACCUAAGCGACCAUGAAGGCGUUGGGUCCACGGCGACCUACCCUAAAGGCACCAUGACACUCGGUCGGGCCACGAGUCGUGCCAUGUAUGGCGGUCGGGUCACAGCGAUGGGAAGCACCCCUAAUAUCGCCACGGUGGGAAUCCCGCAUGCAGACCUUCAGUCUUAUGGAGACCUGGGCUCUCUGUCUCUGCUCCACCACCAAGGGACACCAUCAGCCCUGCUGCGUCAGGUGGUCCGGGGCGGCGGUGGGGAACUUCUGGAACUCCAAGCGCAGCUACGGGACAUGCAGAGGGAAAAUGAGCUGCUUCGGAGGGAGCUGGACCUGAAGGACAGUAAGCUGGGAUCCUCCACCAACAGCAUCAAGAGCUUCUGGAGCCCCGAGCUGAAGAAAGAGCGCAUAAUGAGGAAAGAGGAGGCGGCGCGCACUUCUAUCCUCAAAGAACAGAUGCGGGUGACCCAUGAGGAGAAUCAGCACCUGCUGGACUCCAGGAGGACGAAGCACCUCCAGCUGACCAUCCAGGCUCUGCAGGACGAGCUGAGGACCCAGCGAGACCUCAACCAUCUCCUCCAGCAGGAGAGCAGCUCGCGGGCCGGCGGAGGAGACCACUUUACCACCAUCGAGCUGACCGAAGAAAACUUCCGCAGGCUUCAGGCUGAACACGACCGACAGGCCAAAGAGCUGUUCCUUCUAAGAAAAACCCUGGAGGAGAUGGAGCUGCGCAUCGAGACCCAGAAACAGACGCUGGGAGCCAGAGACGAGUCCAUCAAGAAGCUGCUGGAGAUGCUGCAGAGUAAAGGUCUUCCUCCAGCUUCAGGACGGGCAUCAGAUGAGGAGGAGCAAGAGCGAGCCCGACGAAUCGCUGAAGCUGAAGCUCAGCUCGGACACCUGGAGGUCAUCCUGGACCAAAAAGAGAAGGAGAACAUCCAUCUCAGAGAGGAGCUUCAUCGGAGAAACCAGCUUCACCCAGACCCUGGAAAAACUAAAGCCCUUCAGACUAUCAUAGAGAUGAAGGACACCAAAAUCGCCUCCUUGGAGCGCAACAUUCGGGACCUGGAGGACGAGAUUCAGAUGUUGAAGGCGAAUGGAUUGCUGAAUACGGAAGACCGAGAGGAGGAGAUCAAGCAGAUGGAGGUCUACAAAAACCACUCCAAGUUCAUGAAGACCAAGAUUGACCAGCUCAAGCAGGAGCUCUCCAAGAAAGAGUCUGAGCUUUUGGCUCUGCAAACAAAACUGGAAACUCUGAAUAAUCAGAAUUCCGACUGCAAACAACAUAUUGAAGUGCUCAAAGAAUCCCUCACUGCCAAAGAGCAACGCGCUGCCAUCUUACAAACAGAGGUGGAUGCUCUCAGGUUGCGCCUUGAGGAGAAAGAAUCAUUCCUUAAUAAAAAGACAAAGCAGCUUCAAGACUUGACAGAGGAGAAGGGAACUCUGGCUGGAGAAAUCCGAGACAUGAAGGACAUGCUGGAAGUCAAAGAACGCAAAAUCAACGUCCUGCAGAAGAAGAUUGAAAACCUUCAGGAGCAGCUGAGGGAUAAAGAUAAGCAGCUGGGGAACCUGAAGGACAGAGUGAAGUCUCUACAGACGGACUCCAGCAACACUGACACUGCCCUCGCCACGCUGGAGGAAGCUCUGUCUGAGAAGGAGCGAAUUAUCGAGCGACUGAAAGAGCAAAGAGAGCGUGAAGACCGAGAGCGAAUGGAGGAGCUGGAUUCAUAUAAAAAGGAGAAUAAAGAUCUGAAAGAGAAGGUGAACACACUGCAGGUGGAGCUGACGGAGAAAGAGUCGAGUCUGAUAGAUCUGAAGGAACAUGCGUCCUCGUUGGCCUCGUCAGGCCUCAAGAAAGACUCCAAACUCAAGUCUCUCGAGAUCGCCAUCGAGCAGAAGAAAGAGGAGUGCAAUAAACUGGAGACGCAGUUACAAAAGCAGGCAGAGCAGCUGUUCAGUCAAAUGAACAACCCCAAGGCCCAUGAAGUGGAGGUGCAGCAGAGCUCGCGUGGAAACCCUGAGUACGUGGAUCGAGUCAAACUUCUGGAAAAAGAGGUUUCGUACUUCAAAGAUGAGUCCAGCAAAGCUCAGAACGAAGUGGAGCGGUUACUGGAGAUCCUGAGAGAGGUGGAGACCGAGAAAAACGACAAGGAUAAGAAGAUUCAGGAGUUGGAAAGUCUCGCUCCCAGGCAAACCAAGGAUCAAAUUAAAAAGGGCCCAGGAAUCAAGCUUGGCCCUCAGAUGGACAAAAAAGGCCCAGGGAACAUCUUGCAAGACCAGCGCAAGGAUAACCCAAUGGACAACCCAAAGAUGGAGGAGUUGAUGAAUGUUUUAGAGAAGACAAGGCAAGAACUGGAUGCCACCAAACAGCGUCUGUCCUCCACCCAACAGUCUCUGUCUGAGAGAGACGGCCAUCUGACCAACCUCCGACAGGAACGCAGAAAACAGCUUGAGGAGAUCUUAGAGAUGAAACAACAGGCUCUGCUCGCUGCUAUCAGUGAGAAGGAUGCAAACAUCGCUUUGCUGGAGCUUUCGUCCUCCAAUAAGAAGAAAACGCAGGAGGAAGUGCUGGCGCUGAAGAGAGAGAAGGACAGACUGAUGCAUCAGCUCAAACAGCAGACACAAAGCCGAAUGAAACUGAUCGCCGACAACUACGAGGACGACCAUUACCACCCUCACGCUCCACCUCCCCACAUGCAACCUCAACCACUUCACCCUCAACCCCAACCGCAGCCGCCAUACCCACAGGGCCCGCACCCCCAUCAGCCUCCAUACCCACACGCACCCCAUCCACAGCACCCACAGCCUCCUCCACACCACCCACAGCACCUGCAGCAGCCUCAACCACCCGGCCCACACCCUCCCCGACCCCAACAGCCUCACCCUCAGCACCAACAGCACCCUCAGCACCAACAACACCCUCAGCAUCCUCAACACCCUCAACAUCCUCAACACCCCCAACAUCCUCAUCCUGGGAUCCCCCCACAGCAGCAGCAGCAGCAUCCGCACCUCCAGCACCCUCACGGACCUCCACCUCAGCAGGGCCCUCACCCUCCCCAGCCUAUGCCCCACCCGCAGCAACACCCGCAUCACCCUCCACACCCCGGGCCUCAGGGGCCUCACCCUCGACACCCUCCACCACAUCACCGGGGGCCCGGACGCGGACAGCCUCAUCCCGGACACAGACCUUCCCCAGACCAGGAUGAUGAAGAAGGAAUUUGGGCUUAACCAUUACCAAACCAAAGCAAUGAUGUUGUUCUAUGGGACAGUUCAGUCACUUAUGGAGGAGCACAGCCAUGCCAUACUGAUGAUAUUCUACAUCGUUCACUCUGCCAGUCUUUACUUACAAUCAGACUCACUGUUUUUUGGAUGGGGCCCCAUUUAUUUCCAUGCAUUGAGGAUAAA